AUGGAACCCCCCGUCAAGCGGCGGCGACUGGGCCAGCCUGUUCAAGAUUUGGGUGACGAGGAGCAAAAUGGAGAUGAGGACUGGGAGGAAUGCGAGGGAGACGAGGGAGACGAGGACAACCAAGAGGCAGCUGGUGAGGACGAGCGACAAGGUUCAGUUGAUCGUGACGGUGGUUACCGACUUGCCAUUGAGAAAGCCUACGCUGACAGUCGUUUUCAAGCGACCAUGGCCCGCAUAUACGAGAAAUAUGGAAGGGAUUUCGAGGGCAUCGGUGACGAAAUUGACAUGUCUACUGGCGAGAUUGUUGUCCACAAUGGCCACCUUGAGAAUAUGCGCCACGAUCUCGACGUCGGAAUUCCAGGCGAAGCCGAAGAAGCGGAAAGUGGCGAGGAAGGGGGGGGCAGCGACGACGGAAACUUGACCGAUCAUGACAUGGCAGAUGCCUCUCCGCAGGUGACAGGUGACCAAGAUGGCAUCGAAAACACAGAGCAAAAUACCAUUUGGGUGACCGAGGUGGACGACAACCAAGUGGCUCCCGAUUACAUGCAGAUGCAGGGCUCUUACCCGGAUCCGGACGCUCUGGACGUUAUUCCUGGAUACGAUCAUGGCGCAACGACCGAGGGUGGCCCAAGUCUGAUGUCUGGACUCUAUGACGGCGGCGGUUUACGAUACUCGUCAUCGUUGGGAACAUUCGGCGCCUCUCCGUUCGCUGUUGGUCCGUGGCAAAUGUUGCCCCCAACCCAGGAGCCAUACCACUUUUCCAAGCAGGACGGCCACAGUUCCGUCUGGGCCUCAGACUAUCAGCUCAAGGACAACGAAUCCGAUCAGCGGCUCUCCUUAAGAGCCCAGCUGGGGCUAUCUGGGAAGAAGCCACGGCCAAAGAGACCCAAGGCGCUACCCUGCCCGGACACACACGACGCUGCCACUCAAUCUGCCAACCUUUUCGAACAGCAUCCUGAAGAAGCAUCCGCCCUGUCCGUAAGCGACGAAAAGCGAUACGGAAAACGGCAAACAAAAUGCGCACGUGGCAAAAGACGGAGAAACAUGACAGGGAAAUCUCUUUCUGGCCCAGUCAGGGAAGACAGCGACACUAUCGAAGACUCGUUGUUUUCUGGGGAUGAACUGGAUGUGUCGUCCCAGACUGGUGACCUGACUGAUGAAGCACCUCAAAGCAAGCCAAGCCAUGCGGCAGGAACAUGCGACAGAGUCAUUCCGGAUUCUCAAGAUACCUUUGCCAGUCAAGACAACGAUGCAAAUGUUCAGCCCCCAGCUGCCAAGUCAACACGGCUAGCGUCCCACAAGCCCACUAGACAGGACUUUGAUGUAGCCUGCAUGCUCUCGGAUGAUGAGUCCCCUCUAUUCCUUGGGCCGUCAGUCGGGGUAACCAAUAGCGGACCUAAAUCCAUCGCUGCCCCAACUGCUGAGCCGAAGCUCGUUCGGCCAUCCGGGACACACCCUGGCGACACCACGACCAACAAAGGGCGAGGCAGACUUAAGAAAGGCAUUCUGCCUCCAACUGCUUCUAGGAAACAGAGACGGUUUGUUCAGAAACCACUCAAUCCGUCUGGUUUCACGCAUGACACGGCAAAUCGGAACGACAGGCCUCUCUAUAACAAACAUCACCCUCACUCGAACCAAGCAAAGCCUGUUGAACCACCGCAUCGGAAUACUCAGCAACAGCAGAAACGCGCUAUUCCCAACAGUGAGCGCUCGUCAAACCCACCGACGAUUCAGCCGGAAGCUGCGUCCGGGAUGAAACGGAAGCGAGGGCGACCCCGAAAAUAUCCCCCUCCCGCAUCAGCUGCUGAGCAAGAGGCGCAAAAGCAAACCGAAACCCCUGUUCAACCGCAACCCAUGCCGUAUCCGACUCAAGGACCCGGCCAGCCGUUUUUCUAUCCACCAUUUCCGCAAGCAAUGCAUCCGCAGCAGCACUUCCCGUACCCCUUGCAGCCUUUCAUGCCGCAGCCGGCCUUUCAUCACCCUUUUCUUCAGUUUCCUCCCCCGUUUCCCUACCAGCCCAUCCAAUAUCCCUUUCUUCAACAACCCAUGGCACAGAUGCAGCACCAGAUGCAGCACCAGAUGCAGCAACAGAUGCUCCAGCAGCCGUUUCAGCAGUUCAUGCAGCAACCUACGCUACCGGUCCGAAAUCCCUUGUCACCUCAACGGGAUCAGCAGCCUGUCAAGCGGAAACGGGGGAGACCGAGAAAAUAUCCCGUGGGGUACAAGAGGAGUCGAUCGAGAGCGCAACCCAGACCAUAUCAACAAAUUGCUGGGCUGCAAAAUAGUAUGACGGCUCUAUUAAGCGGACAUGCCACCAGAACAAUGGUGUCCGAGGACGCAUGGUACGGCGUUGCCAGAAGUCUAGCCCAAGACAUCUCGUCGUUACAUGGAAGCUUUCUGCUUGCCAACGCUUUUCAAGCGCAAACGGAGCCAUACGCACCCAAUAUGAUGCCACCCCGCUCGUCGUCGCCUGAGAAAUCUAGCGAGUCAGGUUCCAGUUCUUCCGAUUCUGAGGACGAGGUGGUGCCGUAUGAAACCAGCCGCAUUACUGAAGUACUAGAAGAUGAAAAUUCUGUCAUCACCUCCAGACGGCCGGCAACAGAUGCUGCGGAAACUGAUACCGAGGGACACUCUUCUGCAGCCGAAACUCCUGGGUUUGAAAUGCAGAAUGGAGGGCCGGACGAUGAUUCAGACGAUGAAGAUGAGGACGGUGUCACCAUGGAUGACGACGCGGGAUUUCCAACAAUGGAAUCACCCGUGAGAGUUGGACAAGUGGUCCAGCCAACUCCCUCGCCGCCGAGUCCGCCGACCAGCGCUCACAGGUCUUCUUCUCUCGUCAAGUAUGCUCGUCCCCAGAGAACCCCCUCACCGGUGCGAAGUAUAGGCAGGAAAACCCCAUUGCGCCUGCAAACGCUCAAGCCUCGCACCCCGACGUCGCAACAGUCGGAUCCGUUUGACCUCCCUUCUUCACCGCAGCCCGCUGGUACAUUUAGCCAGGGGUCUGCAGGAACAUUUCAGAACGACGGUGCCGAGCCCGAAGCGCCACAUGAUGAUUCGCAGAAGUUCCUUGGCAGCUUCCAAGAGGUAGUCGACGUUGAAUCGCAGGUUGCCGAUGAAGCAAAGCCGUGUUGGAUCGAUGAUGCUUCUCGUACGGAUGACAUGUCCGCAGGGUUGCACAGGGGGUCUUCUGCACUAGCUGGCAGGCAGCGUGAGUCGUCAGAAGCCGCCGCGUCUCCAGUUUCCCAGGCGCGAAAUAAAGGGUCACCCAACCGAGCCGCGAGAGCAGCAGCGUCAACGGGCAACGUCGUCGCCACGCCUACAAAACCGGUCACAGAUGUCUCUCCAAAAGCACCGCCAACGAGCCUGACCCGCCUUGGGCCUGGCCAAUCGAAGAUGACGGAUUUCUCGACGCUAGCCGACGCAACGCCUCGCAAGAGCCCUCGGGCAGUUCGAGUCUCGCCAAAGCGGACUCUGCUCGACACAAGCGCUACGGCUGUGACUCCGGAGAAACCAGCGGCGCGGCGAUCCGCCAUGGUUCCCAGGUCAACAGAACGGUGUACGCCAGUGUUUGUGGAAUCCACAGCCGCACCCCUCAAGCUACCGAUGCUCGAGAAUCGGCGGACCAUGAAGCAACUGAAGCAAGCGGUGAUAGCGCCCCGGCUCAAGGCCGUGGACCCAAAUCCACCCGCAUCCAAGGGUCCGCCCACCAAUCCCGGGGAAAACCCAGUCCGGGACAUGCCGGGGUUUCCAGCAGAGCCAAAGAAGGCACUCAACUCACAAGCUUGGAAGGCGGCGUCGACGAAGCACACCCCCGAGCCCAAGAACACAGACUCACGAGCGGCCUCCUCGGAGCCAAGACUUGCCUCGAGGACAAAAGGCUCCGAGCCCAAGGCUUCCACGAGGUCAAUAUCACCCACCACAUCUCCGCCGCGGCACCAGCCCCCCGACGUUGUGAGACGGUCGGCCCCACGGCAGCCACUACCACCCCGCGCCUCGGUCGACAGCAAGAGCAGGGCAGAACAAGACCAAGGAGACGAGCUCGGAAACCUGGCCAAGCCGAAAAAGGCGUCCUCGUCCAAGCCCCCACGCCCAUUUAUAUCGAGCAAGAUCGCGCGAGACAGCUCGCGCAAGACACGGAAACCCAGCCCGCCAACCACGGAGGAGCACAGGCCGGCCCGGGAACGAGACGGGAAGGGGAAGAAGAGGCGGCGCGCGGAUGUCCCCGGCACGCCGGCGGCGUCUGGCGGCAGUGCUGCCAAGGUGUGCGGCGUGGACGGGUACACCUGCAACAGGGACUUUUGCUUCACCUGUCUGUGA